AUGGGAUGUCCACCGAAGGAGAAACCAGAAUCCUUCCAAUGCCUGAGCCAUUUCAGCCACUGGGAGGCCUGGUCACCUCCCAAGCGGCAUUAUUGCUGUGCUCAUUACGAACGUGCCUGCGAUCCCUUCGACUGCAACGAGAACUUUGAAGAAUGGAAGAAGCAGUGGAGCUUCGCCAAGAAAGCGUGGUGUUGUGAAAAGACCAAGCGGGCCUGUGAGCAUCAUCACAUGCACCACGAUUUCGUGAAGGUCACGAAGCAUACCGUGUACACUCCGGGCUGGAGAACCCACGGUCCGAGCGUGGUCGUGAACCCGCAGAACCCACAAGACCGUGUGGUGGUGACCCAGCACACGGAGCUGACUCCGGGCUUCCACCACACUGAGGGUCCUCAUGUGGUGCACGCUGUGGUGGCUGGAGCGCCUCAGGAUCGUGUGGUGGUCACUCGACAUACCGAGCUUACUCCUGGCUUCACUCGACAUCAAGUCGUAGCUGAUCAUCCUCAGGACAGGGUAGUGACUACAGCACACACUGAGCUGACACCUGCAUUCCACUCGGAGUACCACACGGUGGAUGCAGCUGGAUUCCACUGCCACAACGCUGGAUCCAGAUGGAGGACAAGCUGGAGCACUGCUCAGUCAAUGUAUUGCUGCAAGCACUUUGGACUUGGAUGUCCCUUCAGUUGUGGAGGUGACCCGAGCACAUGGCCCGGCAGCCAACGCCGCUGGUGCUGUGAGCAUUCGCGCUUGGGCUGUGGGGCCGAGGCGGUGGAGAAGGUCUAUGACUGCAAUGCUGGUUGGGAGCAGUGGCAAGUGGGUUGGUCACCAGGGAAGAAGGACUGGUGCUGCCGGAAGGAGAACCGUGGAUGCCAAGAUGCAACAGUGCUUCAUUGGGGUCCUCAAAAGUGA